GAAGAAGAAGAAUUUAAAAAAAAGUAAAAAGAACGACAGAGAACAAACGAGAAAAAGGAAGGAAGAAAAGAAAGGAAAAGAAAAAGCACCCACUGUUUUGAGGUUAAUAAUCGAAGAGAGCUGAGUAAUCGUUCGACUUGCGUUAGAAAAGCUCCGGAACUUCUUCGUGUACGUUAUGGAUGUAUCCGCGUUUUCCGAGGAUACUUUCGAUGCCAAAGAAUGGAUCAACAAAACGUUCAAAUCCACGGAAGCUCAAGAGAACAAGGAUGCGUUCGUCUCUUCCUUGGUCAUGAAGUUACAAUUAUACGUACAACAAGUUAACAGCGCGUUGGAGGAAACCAGUCAGUCGGUCUUGUCCAGCUUACCUAGGGUUCUUAGGGACAGCCAAUUGUUGCAACAAGAAGCUUUGGCGUUGAAGGAAAAGAUGGCUUCUGUUAAACAAGAGAUCGCUAAGGUAGAAGAAUGUACCGUUUCUUCUAUAGAAUCCUUGGAAAGACUCGAUAGAAUAAAGACUCAACUGGAAACUGCCAAACGUGGUCUGCACGAAGCUGAUAAUUGGAGCGCUUUAGCGAAUGACGUGGAGGAAGUAUUUGAAUCGGGAGACAUCGAGGUCAUAGCUAGUAAAUUAUUUAGUAUGCAAAAGUCAUUAGCCAUGCUCAUCAAUGUGGUGGAUUAUGAAGAUAAAAAGCUUCAAUUAGAGGGCUUAAAAAAUAGAUUAGAAGCAAUGGCUAGUCCUAAACUCGUUCAAGCUUUUAACACUGGGAAUUUGGAUCAGUCGAAAGUUUACGUGGAUAUCUUCAACAAAAUGGAAAGAUUACCUCAACUUCUUAAAUAUUAUCACAAUUGUUUGAAAGUAUCGUUGGGACAAGAAUGGAGACGAACUAUCGAAUUGGCGCAAGAUGAGAAUCUAACGUAUUGGUUAAAUACUUAUUAUGACAAACUUUUAUCUACUUGGCACGAACAAGUGAAAUGGUGCCAUCAAGUGUUUCCUAACACAUCCAGUGAAAUUCUUAUCAACGUAUAUGCCGAUCUGUUAAGAAGUUUGGAUCCAAGUAUAUCGGAAUGCAUAGAAUCAUUAUUAAAACAAUAUUCCAACGCUAUGCAGUUAUCUUUAUUGUUGGAACUUAAACAACUUACCAGACAUUUUGCGGUAAACAUAAGUGGAGCUAUAGAAACGUUGUCCUUGACAAAAUCAGUAAAUCGAAAUGUUUUGAAUAAUGAAACAACAGCUAAUACAAAAACAUUUAAUCAAUAUAUAAUAUCUUUGGCGCAAGCGAUAUAUGCGCCUUACGUUCCAUACGUUAUGAAGUAUAAAACUUACGAAGUUGCACAAUUGGAACAACAGCUUCAAUCUUUGGAUCUAUUGCACGACGAUCUAAGCGAUACUAUCAAUUCUUUGUCGCUUAGUAUCUCAAGAGUUAUCGGUUAUGCGCAUGAAGCAAAUAAACGUUGUAAGCUGUUUACCGAUGGCUGUGGCUAUCCAGGUUUACUUAAAGCGUUAAACAUAUAUUUUGACAAGUAUAUCAUUAAAUAUCAGGCAACUAUACGACAAUUGGAGAGGAAGAAAGUUAAACAAGAGGAUUGGAAUUUAUUUCAAAUGUGUCUUACCUUAAUGCAGAGUAUAGGAGAAUUUUUGGGACAAGUGCACCAGUUUGAGAAAUCCUUAGUAAUCGAUAUAAUCGAAUCUAAUAAUAAAUUAUUAAGCCAUACAGCCGGGCCUUUUAAUCAAUAUAAAAAAUUGCUUCUCGAAACUGCUGGACAAACCGAAUUAGAACAACUCGUUGCUUCGUUUCAGAAAGAAGACAAAACUAUUCUCGAUUCUGUUAUAAAACCUAUUCAUAAACUUUGCUCCGAUUUACAUCAUGCGACUUACGAAGUUAUUUUUGCGCCGAUUUUUACUCAGUUACUCUUAGUUCAAAAAGCACCUGCUUGGUCAGGAGAUGCCAAUAAAAUGCAUCUUAGUACAGAUUUACCGGAUUAUAGUUUCGCUCCUCAAGAAUAUAUAACACAAGUUGGUCAAUAUCUGAUGACGCUUCCUCAACAUUUGGAACCAUUUUUAUUAAGGGAUAAUCCAAGUUUAACAUUGGCAUUAAAAGCUGCCGAUCCUCAGUACGCUCAGGGGUCAACGGAAUCUGGUUUCACUGGUAUUUUAUUAGAUAUUAUUGCCAGAGGAACUUGCCAAAUGUUUCAUGAUCAAACAUUAGCCAUUGGCCGAUUAAGUUCUGUUGCUUGCAAGCAACUUGCUACUGACAUAGAUUACGUUGGAAACGUUCUAGAAGAGCUUGGUCUUUCGUUAUCGGAGAAUCUGCAACAUAUGUCAUUAUUAUUAAGAUUACCACCUGAGGAAUAUCAAAGUGGUAGCUCUGGUUGCAAUGCCCGUGUCGUGGCUGCGGUAAGACAAAUGAGAAACAUUACGUUGUCUGGCUAAAAUAAAAUGAUAAUCGUACUAUUUAAAAAUAUUAAAAAAAAAACAUUACAUUUAUAUAAUUUUUUUUUU